AUGAUUGUCUUGAACCCCCUACAAAUUCCCCGGGAGGAUGUUCACAAUAGCAGUAGUCAUCUAACUUUCAACAAGUUCUGGCGACGGUAUGGGAAGUUCUCUAGGCACAUGAUGAAGAUUAAAUUGAAAAAAUACACCAAAUUUAUCUUUGUGCGAGAUCCUUUUGUUCGUCUUAUCUCUGCCUUUCGCAGUAAGUUUGAGCUUGAAAAUGAGGACUUCUACCGGAGUUUUGCUAUACCCAUCUUAACCCGCUUCUCCAACCGAACCAGCGUUCCCACUAGUGCAGGUGAGGCCUUUUCCUUAGGAGCCAAACCAUCUUUCUCUCAGUUUAUUCAGUACCUUUUAGAUACCCGGACUGAAGAACAGCAACCUUUCAACGAACACUGGCGCCAAAUUUACCGCCUUUGUCAUCCUUGCCAGAUUGAUUAUGAUUUCGUAGGCAAGUUGGAGACUCUUGACGAAGAUGCAUCUCAACUGUUAAGGCAGUUAAACCUAGACUCCCUUUUCCAGUUUCCUCCCAGUUAUCGGAACAGGACUGCUAGUAGUUGGGAGGAGGACUGGUUCUCCAAGAUCCCUCUUGAAUGGAGACAAAAACUCUACAAACUGUAUGAACCAGACUUUGUUCUUUUUGGAUACCCUAAACCAGAAAACAUUCUAAAUGUAUGA